GGGGCUAAGGAAAUGGCGACGUCCUGUGAAGAUGUUUCGCCUGUAAAAUCUCCUGCUGUGACUCCUUUGAAGAUUCGGGAACUCAUUAACGAGGGAAUCGUGACGGGGGAAAGAAGCAGUAUCGGGAGAAAGGAAACUGCUGUAGUACCAGAAGAGAAUAAUGGAUUUGAAGAUCCACUAAGCAACAGCUCCUAUGAAAGUACCAGUAAAGAUGCCUUCUUUGGCAGAGUGGAAUCAUUCUCCUCCUUGAAGUGGGCUGGUAAGCCGUCUGAAUUGUGUCCUCUAAUUUGUGCCAAGUAUGGAUGGUCCAAUAUAGAAUGCGAUAUGUUAAAGUGUUCAAGUUGUAAUGCAUACCUCUGUGCCAGCCUCCAGCCAGUACUGGAUUUCAGCAAGUAUAAGCAGCGUUGUGUGGAGCUGCAGGAGGCCUUGAGAAAAGCACAUGAGAAGUUCUGUUUUUGGCCAGACAGCCCAUGCCCAGAUUAUUUCUGGGCUCUUAUGGUUACAGAGCCAUCCUCUGUAUUAAGUGAUUUUGUGGGGCGUUUUGACAACCUCUGUCAUCUAGAGAUUCAGCUGCCUUCAAUAAAACAUGAAGAUUUAAAAAACAUGGAUAUCACAGAAGAAACCGUGAGUCAUCUCUUAAGGCUGAUUGAAGAUGAACUUAAAUCUAAGGAUGGAAGGGAGGAUAAUUCUCGCCUGGCAUCAGACUCUCUGCAGGUUCAUAUCUCAGCCUGUAUUUUAGCACUGUGUGGGUGGAGCACCAGCUAUACAUCUGGGUCUUUGUGUAUCAUUAAUUGCCCUCGCUGCAUGCGAAAGGUUGGGCUUUGGGCCUUCCAGCAGUUAGAAGCUGUAGAGCUGGACAACUCAUUGAGUGCACCGAACACACCUGUUUCUCCAGCUGAGGGGCAUGAAAGAAGCCCGUUUGGUAUUAUGUCACCAAACAGGAGAGUUACACGUAGCCGUGAUGCUGAGCAGAGCCCUGCUUUGGCUUAUGGUAGGACAAGAAGCUCUGACCUCUUAAGCCCAGCAGAUUCAGAAGCUGUACGCAGUCGUCCUGUGACACGCAGCAUGGGCCAGGGUGAAAGCUCAGGGCUUAGCAAUGAGUUACACUCCAGCCCACUGCGUAGGUCAAAACGUCCUCGACUCUGCUCCAGCAGUAGCUCUGACACCUCUCCUAGGGGCUGCUUUGAUCCACUGUCUCAGCACAGGAGUUGGUGCCCUUGGGUUAAUGUGUGCCAGGCAAGUGAAACAAGCACAUUAGGAUCAGAAAUCCAAGAGGAAGCCAGCAGAAAGGAGUAUGGCUGGAAGGAGGUGUUAAAUGUGCUCCUGGCUGAGGAGAAUUCCAGAACCUUAUCUGACCCUGAUACCUCUAGUGUUCCAGAAAAAUCCCACAAGGUCUUCAGGAUCUUCCGGCAGUGGCAGAUGGCAGCUUCAGCUUCAGAAAACCCAUAAAUGCCCCUUUUAUUUCUAACACAGUGGGACCUUUUGGCAUUCCAGACUAUGAAAAUGCUGAUCUUGACUGUAGUUUUUUUAUAUCAGAAUGGAGCUGUUUAUAUGACUUUAUCUACAUAAUUCCCUCUCUAUAAAUGAUAUUACUUUUUAUGGAGUUUGGACUGCUGGUACUGUGAGUUAAAACACAUCUUCUGCAAUGUUUUAAUUGCUUCAUGGGGAUGCAAAGAAAGAAUACAAAUCUAGGUCUAUGGGAAAAAUGGUUUCUACCAAAUGUUAAUGCACACAAAUACAGAUGACGGUAAGAUAUGAGAAGUAGUGCUAAGACUGGGAUUAAUGUGGUGGAAUUAGUUUUUGACAUCUUAACUAUUUUGUUAAUUAGAAAAGUUGGAUAUGUGUAUACCUUUAUUAAAUAUAGGUGUUAUGCAUAUAA